GCCCGUUCCAACGAAAUUUGCGAAUUCUUUCAAUUCGUGGAAUACUACUGAACAUUCGAACGAUGGAACCGCGGGUUGGCCAAGACUACGUUGUGCAUGUGGGCAAAUCGCUGAACGAAAGUGAUGACGAAUCCUUGGAUGUGCACUGCAGCUUUCGGUACGAAUUCCAGCCUGCGUCCGUUGACACCCGCGUUCCUGGGCUUGUCAGCACCGACAGCGCCGGCAACACGAUGGUGGUCAGCGUGGCUCACGCCAAUGCACCUGGUGGGAUCGAAUUCAAAGGCAAGGUCACCGAGAACAAGGACAUCGAGUGCAUCUUGAUCUUUGACCCAGAAACGGACUCAUUUACGCUGGAGAAGCUGCCUCUUUCAUGCGCCCAGCUCCGUCACGUCCGGAAAUCCACGCGACCGUCGAAAUCGCCGACCCGACCGUCCAAGCGACACCAACUGACAUGACAUAAUUUAUGAAUCCUCGUACUUUGAUUGGCUCCAUUUUCGUAUAAUUGAGCAUUCUUCGC